CGAUUCUGUCGUAUCCACUAGCAGUAGUACCGCAUCUGCAGAAGUAGUAGAAGUGUCUGAACCAGAAGCAGGCGCGGAACUACGACACCACCGCAGCAAGAACGUCGACCACCAAGGAAAUGAGAAGGACUCCAUCAAGGAAAGCGAAAUUAAAAUUCCCACCGGGAUGGAUGCUAGUGCCGACCCAGGGCUAAGCCUAAGCAGGAUGCUGGAGGAUGAUAGACCUAGACGAGAAGAUCUUUUGGUUAUGACGGUGGACUGCGAGGACGAGGAGGGCCGGGUGAAUUCUCACCCAGCGCAGCAGAUGACGACUUCUAGCACAUCAAUGAGUGCAGCAACAAGCACUUCUGAGGGGAAUGUUUUGAUGAAAGAGAGUCAUGUAUUAGCGGAAAACCAGGACGAUAAUUCUCCUUCUUCAACCUGCUCUGACGAGGAAAGUUCACAAGAAGACUGCCCCCUUCUCCCCUUCUUUGCCGGCGUGGAAAUGCCUACCAGUGAG